AUGGCGGCGCACAACUGCCUACUUUUGCUUGCAGUCGCAGCUUGCCUCGGGUUUGCCCAUGCUGCAGCACCAGUGCGCAAUCCUGUCGACUGCGUGAGUAGCAACCUUCUAAGUAUCACUGGCGAUGUCUACCCAUCGACGCACCAAAUCACGAGGCAAUCCAUCCAGGAGAGGACGACGGUAACUGUUGCUCAGGAGUUUGAAAUUGCUUAUGGCAACACAUAUAAGAUUGUCACCAUUGCUAAGAGUGACACAAACGAGACCUACCUCCUGUACCAGUGUGGGACAACGAAGCCCGUCCUGUCCCAAAUCGGGCUGCCCGAGGACACCAAGGUUUUCUCAGUGCCGCUUCAGGCCGUUAGCGUCGCGGAUACCACCGCCAUGUACUUCAUGGACAUGCUGGGAGUCAAGGACCGCGUGUCGUACGUGACGCCGUACGUCGUGGACCCCUGCAUGCAGCUUCUGAGCAGCUCAGUGUGUGGAGGCCGCUCAAGCGACAACGCCCCGGCUGACGCGGUGGACGGCAAGUUCGGCUUUUAUAAGGACGCGAAUGCCUCCAACUCCAUUAUGAUUUCCGCCACUGUGGAGCUGGGUCCCCUUCACGCGGCGGAGUACAUCAAGUACGUGGCCGCCUUCUUCAACAGGGAGGCCGUCGCCAACCGGGCGUUCACCGCCGUCUACAACGCCUACACGGACCUGUCGGCCAGCGUGCUGAGCUACAAGACCAACAACAACGUCGCCUCUCCCGUGGUGGCCUGGCUGUACUACCAGGCUAAGUACUCCAGUUCGCCGGAGCAAAUCCAGGUCAAGUUCCAUAGCUUCCGAGUGCAGUACACUGAGGACGCGGGCGGUGUGCUCCCCAAUCUGGCCCAGCUGAAAAACGUCCUUGCGAACUACACCGACGUCAAGGUCAACACUGUGGGCGACCUGGUGCUGUACAACCUGAACUCCACCAACACCGCCGCGGCACUGCGCACCAUUCUGGCCGACGUGGACAUCGUCAUUGAUGAGUCGUACGUUCCAGGCAAUGUAAGCCAGUACACGGUAGCCUCCUUCCUGGCCCGCUACCGCCUGAACGAAUCCACCGCGGCCACCGAUUUCAAGUUCCUGCGGACUCAGAACGGGCUGCUGAGGCUGGACGGCACUGCCAACGCGAUGGGCACCACCGCCUGGUUCGAGGAGGCCGUGGCGCGACCCGACGUGGUGCUUCACGACCUCGUCACCUUCAUCAUGCCUGUGGUACUCCAAGCCGCGAACGACAAGACCGCGCCGCGCCUGGUCCGCUCUCUGAUUCCCGUGGCCCCGUCCACCACCUCGGCUGACGGUCUCCUUACCUUGAGUGGUUCCGGAGCUACGGUGCUCACCUCGGCCAACUGCCCGCUGCAGCGGUGCGGGUCCACCAUCCAGCCCAUCUGCCCAGCCGUCUACCUGGACUGCUCCGGUAAGCUGGUGACCGCUACGGUGGAGAGGCCCUGUCCCCCGACGAACUGCCUCAACGGCACGAGCGGCGGCGCUGCUGGCCGGGCCCAGGCCACCCCCUUGCUGCUGUUUGUGAUGUUGCUGGUCGCCGCGAUGGCCGCCACUGCCUGGCGUUGGUAA